UGAUUCCACUGAGUCGACUCUGUGCGCCUGCGCAGAAAGCUACCCGCUCCGGUUGCUCCUGUUGUGAACAAGAGAGGGCACAAGAAAAGUAAACGUACAGGUUUGAUCAGGCAACAGGGAGUGAAGGCACAUUUUACCAGUUACAUACUGACUGUGGAUAUGAAAGGACAGCAGAAAAGUUCUGAACCUGAUGUCAAUGUUCCAGUCAUUGAAGAAGGGUCAGUUGCUACUGCAGAGGACCCAUCGGCAAUCACAACUAUUCAGUCUGCUUCUACUUUCUCCUCAGAGCAGCCGAUUAAAUAUCUCUUCAAGACCGAGGGAGCUGGGGGGCAGGUAGGGGAGCUGUACCCUCCCUCAGGGCAGGUUACAUAUCGAGUAAUCCAAGUCGCAGAUGGACAGCUGGAAGCUCAAACUGAUGGUGCAACAGCUGUUAGUGUAGUGACAGGGUUUCCUGCUACAACACAGCCUGUUACACAGGCUGUUUUUUCUCAGUCUGAAGGCUUGGAGGGCGAUGGCACAGAAACCCAUUACACAUAUUACCCUGCUACUAUCUCAGACGCAGCGGCUGGCACCAUGGUGACCGGUGUUCAGGCCUCAGAUGCUCUGCUUAGUCAAAGUACUCCUGCAGGUCAGUUGUAUGUUAUGAUGUCCCAGCAGGAGGUCCUUACUGGAGCCAACCAGAGGUCUAUUGCACCUCGUACACAACCUUACAAUGCUAAGACAGAGGGGCCAAGGACUUCUAGAGAUGAGAAAAGGCGAGCUCAGCACAAUGAAGUUGAGCGAAGACGUAGAGACAAAAUUAACAACUGGAUUGUUCAGCUUUCCAAAACAAUUCCAGACUGCACCAUCGAUUCCACUAAAACUGGACAGAGUAAGGGUGGGAUCCUAUCAAAGGCCUGCGAUUACAUUCAAGAGCUGCGACAAAGUAACAGCCGGUUAGGAGAUGAACUGAACAGCCUUGACCGGUUGAAGAUGGAUAACCAGCUGUUACGGCAAGAGGUGGAAGAUUGGAAGUCUAAGAAUCAGAUUUUGAGGAGCCAGCUCCGGCAGCAUGGCAUAGUUGCAGCAGCGAGUGCAGAUCCCCAAUGAAGAGUUCAAAGGAUUUUGGAGUUUUGGAAAUUU